CUCGGAGGCAGGAAUCAGCCCAGACAAAAUCCUUUAAUCGCUCUUGAGGCCGCUGCCAGUGCGCAUGCGCUAACAUCUACCAGCAGGUAAACUCCACCAUGGCGGCGAGAGGCCAUGUGCAGGACCCCAACGACAGGAGACUCAGACCGAUAUACGAUUACCUCGAUAAUGGCAACAAUAAAAUGGCAAUACAGCAGGCAGAUAAACUGCUGAAGAAACAUAAGGACCUGCACUGUGCCAAGGUUCUGAAGGCUAUCGGCCUUCAGAGGACCGGAAAGCAGGAUGAAGCUUUCACUUUGGCCCAGGAGGUGGCCACCCUGGAGCCGACUGAUGACAAUUCACUACAAGCCCUGACUAUACUCUACAGAGAGAUGCAUCGUCCGGAGUUGGUCACCAAGCUGUACGAAGCUGCAGUGAAGAAGGUUCCUCUCAGCGAGGAGUAUCACUCUCACCUCUUCAUGGCGUACGCUCGUGUCGGGGAGUACAAGAAGAUGCAGCAGGCAGGAAUGGCCUUGUAUAAAAUUGUCCCCAAGAAUCCCUAUUACUUCUGGUCUGUCAUGAGUCUGGUGAUGCAGGCCAUCUCCGCACAAGAUGAAAAACUAGCCCAAACCAUGUUCCUGCCUCUGGCUGAGCGCAUGGUGGAGAAAAUGGUAAAAGAAGAGAAGAUUGAAGCAGAAGCAGAGGUGCAACUGUAUUUUAUGAUCUUGCAGCGUUUGGGAAAGUGUGAAGAGGCUCUCGAAGUGGUCAGGGGCCCACUUGGGGAGAAGCUGACCAGUGAGCUGCAGAGCAGAGAAACCAAGUGUAUGAUGCUGUACCAGCGACUACAACAAUGGCCGGAGUGCAACGCCUUGGCCCACAAGCUACUACUCAAAAAUCCCGAUGAUUGGCAGUUUUAUCCCUCCUACUUUGACUCUCUCUUCCACCUCAUUGACCAGACGUGGAGUCCGCCAGAAGAAGGCGAACACUGUUCAGAGGGUGCGGUACAUCACACUGUGGCUGAAGUGGUGAGGUUUGUGGAAGAGAGAAUUAAGGGGGAGGACGGCAAAGACUCUCGUUCACUCAGAGGGCCGUAUUUGGCUCGGCUUGAAUUAAUGCACAGACUCAGAGAAAGAGGCUGUCCAGAGGAAAGCCAGCUCGGUGAUCCUUUAGAGCUAAUGGUGCAGUUCUUUGGGAAGUUUGGAGACAAACCCUGCUGCAUCACCGACCUACAGAUAUAUCUACACCUGCUCUCUUCUGAACACCGCGUUCAGUUCAUUAACCGUCUGAGCGAAGCGGUUCCACUCAGGGAGCAGGGAGAGGAGGGAUUCACUUUUCCAGAGGAUACCAAAGCGCUGCAGAGGCAUUUGUGUGUGUGUCAGCUGAGUCGAGCACUUGGGCUGCAGCACAGUCUCGACGUGGAUGGAAAACUGCGGCUUAUCACGGAACUCAAGGCUCACUAUCGUCACGGCCUCAAGUUUGGGAAGAACGCUCUGAAGACGGAGCUGCAGUUUUCCGAUAUGUAUUGUCUCAUGGUAGCUCAUGUCUACAUUGACCUUUGGAAGGAGACUGGGGAUGAGAACAUGGUGUGGCAGUGUUUGGGUAUGCUCCAGGAGGGUCUGUCUAACAGUUCCUCAAACGCCCAGUUCAAGUUGCUGCUUCUGCUCCUCUUCUGUCACCUGGGAGCCUUUGAGCCUGUAGUGGACCUUUACUCCAGCCUGGAUGCCAAGCAUGUCCAGCAUGACACGAUAGGGUUUCUGUUAACACGUUAUGCUGAGUCAUUGGGGCAGUUUGCAGCAGCCUCCCAGUCCUGCAAUUUCUCCCUCAGGUUUUUCCACUCUAAUCAGAAAGAUACCUCAGAGUAUAUCAUCCAGGCGUAUAAGUAUGGUGCGUUUGAGAAAAUCCCAGAGUUCAUCGCCCUCAGGAACAGGUUGAAUCAAUCUCUGCACUUUGCCCAAGUCCGCACUGAGAGGAUGCUGCUGGACCUUUUCCUCGAGGCUGAUAUUGUGUUGAGUCUGGAGGAAAGUGUGAAGGCCAUGUCGUUGUCUGCAGAGGAGGAUGACAUCCCCUGGGACAAUAUGAGGGACAACAGAGACCUUACUGUUUUUACCAACUGGGACCCCAAGGAGAGACAGCUAACUGACGAGCUCCGGCGUCGGUCGGUAGAAGAAGAGUCCGUGUGGCUGAGGUAUCGUUCUCUAACACUUCGCCUCCUCGCUCAUUUGUCCGGUCUGGCACACGCACCCUCGCAAAAGAACUCAGUGAUAGCCACCGAGAACGGAGUCAGUGAAAAGAGCUCGAUUCUCAGCAGCCUGCUCUCCCAGCUCAAUCAGACUCUGCAGACAGGCGCUCAGAUGGCAGAGAAACACACCCAGUAUCCACUCCUGGGACCACCCUCCACCCGUCUGGCCCCAGCUCUGUUCAAUGGAAGCUGCCAGUGUCAGGCUGCAGCCCUCCAGCUGUCUGUGCACCUACAGGAGCUGGAAACUGUUGGACUUGAUGAGUCGUUGGAGCUUCAAACCCAGAUCUGUAACAGUUUCAAAUCAUUAGUGGUACAGCUACAAGAAAUACUUAAUAAAUGCAAGGGGGAUUUAUUGGAAAUGAAAGACAGCACAUUGAAAACCUGGCCCUCCUUAUUAGAAAACCUUAUCUUCUUUGUCGAGACUGUGUGCAUAGUUCUGUGGAUGGCUAGUUACUGUGCCAAAAUCCUCCGACCACUCAAAACUAGUCUACAGAAGAAGAAAAAGAAGAAAAAGGACACAAACACAGCUCAGCCACUGGUGGUGUGUGGGUUCCAGGAGCUGUCGGGGAGCUUGCAGGACCUGCUUACCCAGGCUUUGGAGUAUAUAAAUGGGCAAGAGACUGGAAUCACAGCCCUUAAAUUAGCCAGUUUAACCUUGGAAGGAUACAAACAGGAUGAGGCGUCGUUUAUGAAGGAUGCCAUGGACAAGGUGCAGAGCAGCUACCUGCGCUCGCUACAGGAGGUGGGAGAUCUGCUCAAAAAGAGAGCAGAAACUAUAAAGAGCCUCAAGAUCUGAAGAUCUUCAUUCACCCUGAUAAAGAUGACUAUACUCCCAGCAUAAGCCACCUGUGUCCCACACCACCGUCUGUCAGCCCACCUGCUAACCUGCAAGUCCUACUUUUUACUUGCUGGUCCAACAAACCCAGACCCAACACGCCCAUUAAUCAAUUCCACCCUCUCUCCCUUCCUGCAUAUUUCUCACUCGGCAUUCGUGAACUCUCAGACUGGAUUUUUUUUUUUCUUUUCUUCCACUCCAACACACACACCUGGGACAUUUGCAACUCAUAGCACAUAGGCUUGUAAGUAAACUCAUGAAUUUAUACAGCAGUUAUAAGUGAGAAUGAGAGGGGAAAACAUGCUUCUUUUGAAAUAAAUAAAGCAAAUGAACAAGCAGUUUUAGAUUAACUAAUCUAAUAAAUGAUUGUACAUAGUGAAGAGCAACUACCACAAAUCGUUGACUAAAUGAGAAUACAAGGCACAGUAAACCACUAAUUUGUUUCCUCUUUAUUCCUCACUUUGUUUUUUCUGAUGACAACAAUCUCAGUAAAACAGUGCUACACACACACACACACAAAAGUACACGUUGAGGAGGAGGAAGAGAGUUCUGUCAAUGUGCUGCCUUUUCAGCUGUUUCUCUCUUUCAAACAGAAACUGGCACAAUUUUGCAUUAAACUGAUGCACUCUGGAAGUAUGGACACCUUGCUCCUAGCUGGAAGCCUUUUGGAUUUAAGUCUCCCAUUCAAGAAUUAUUGUGUCACAUUUUUUUUUUUUUUUUGUGUGAGCCCAAUGUGUGUCUCGUUUGUUGCUGAAAGUGGAACCACCUCUGUAGUUGCAGUAUUAUAAUGAGCAAUGUUGAGUUCAAUAACCAGCAGGAUAUUUUUUCUAUUAAGAAUUGUCUGCUGCUGUGGUUGUGUUUAGUUUCUCUUCAGUACAAGUGGUGCUUGUAAAACAUGUCUAGGUGGAAUUGGGUUGUUCCAGCAUAAAAACAAAACAUCCGGCAUGGCUAAAAACAUCACAAUCCUUUAAGACUGGACGGAUUAUCAAUAUUUAAGAGUGCGUGAUUGUCUAAAUAUGAAUGUUCAUCACAAACUAUGUUUUCCACUCCCAUCACGCUGCAGACAUGCAGAGUCCUUCUAGCAACUUAACCCCUGCAUCAGUAUGCAAUGACUAUUGACGAUUCUGACAACUCAUUCAUGAAUACCCUUGUGUGUAGUGACAGAACAUCAAUUCAUAAGAUUUGAAAGAUCUAGAUUGUAUAUUCUGUCUUGAAUAUAUAUAUAUAUAUUCUAGUUCAGUCUAGGCUGGAUUUUUUUAAGGAUUUUCUCAACUUUGACAGUCAGUUAUUCUUGGCUCUUUCCUUCCUAUCAAUAAUGGCUCAAACACAGAGAGGUGUGUUUCCAACAUUGGACCUAAUUGUAAAUAAAAGUCAAGGCAGCCUUUUCAAAGUACAGCGUGCAAGGACAUAGAUGUGUUUUUAAAAGCAGCUGCAGUAGAAGACUUUGAUAUUUGUCCUGCGUUAGUGAUUUUGUCCUUCCCACCAACUCUUCCCCAAGCCAGACUCGUGAACCAAAACAGCAUCAUCACCCUAAGCAUCUUCUCCUAUUCUAAAUAACCAGUCAGAGAUAACCCAGAGGGGAAAAAAACGAUCAUGAUCUAGUUCAAACAUGCUCACUCUGCAGGAAGUGUGCAGUUUGCUUUUACACCAUUUUAUUGAGACUUUAGCAGUGCAAUGUGAAAAUGUGACUAAAUCCUCCCCUUCCUGUUAAAUCUUGUAUAUGCAUACAAUCACAUACACAUCUAAUAAAUGCCUUUUUUUUUGAAGAGCUGAUCUCAUCUGUCUGAAUGGAGAAGAUGUUUGUGACCUGACUACAUGUGUUGUUGAGGUUCAGAGUAAUGGUUGACAAUCUGGAGUGUCACCUCACCACCCUCUUUUGUUAGAAAAUGGAAAACAGAAACACUGGAAAGCUUUUUUAAAUAAAAGACAUAAAUGUGA